AGAUAAAGUGUGGAAGACACCACGUCGCUCCUGGCUGGGUUAAGGCAGGUUCAGCUGGAUGUCUCUCUGUGGAGUGAGUGAAGAGUUGACUAGCGCUGUCUGCUAGCGCCAGCUGGCACUAUAUGAUAGAAGUAAACGAGAAUAAUUAACGUUCGGGUGGAGAGAAUGCGGGGGGAAGGUUGGGUUUUUUACGAUUUAUUCUAACCGGCACACGAUGAUGUGCAGAACCAGGAGUCUGAACAGCGAGGUCACAAAGGUCACGAGGUAAUCAAUAUUAAGAAGCGUGUGCUGUUAUAAAUGCACACUUAACUGAAGGAGAAGAGAGGUUUAAUACAAAUUCAACACCAACAUCUUUAUAGAUUAUUUGUACCAUUAUAGAAACAAUAUAAACUAUACAGAUUAUAAUUAUUUGUGUACUUGUAUAUUUCGUGGUUGGUUCUUCUCAGUAAAACCAAAGCUUUGAAAAGGCACCAGUUCUUGAAAAGUGGAUUCAGGAAAGGAUUUAUUGAUGAAGGGUUGAAUGUAGAUUCAACAGUGUAAAUAAAAAAUGCCUGAAAAACGAACUUUCUAUUUGUACAUGAAUAGCAUUGCAUAAGCAUCAACAGAGCAAGCGUAAUGCAGCUAUCUAUCUGUUGCAUAGGGCACAGGCCAUAAAUCAUAAGUAAACAGAACGUAAAAUAUUCCCCAAAAAAUGAAUUUCCACCAUCCACAAGGGUUUCAAUAUGCAUUCAAUGUGCCAGCGUGUGUAUCAAAGGAUACUAUAUAAGGAUACUUACGACCCGCAAAACGAAACCUUCAUUCAUUUUUUUUGUUUCGUGUCCUAGGAAAUGAUUGGCAGAGAGGUAGGGAAGAGAGCGUGACGACUGACAGCCGGCUGAUCCAAUGGCGUGGUCGGAUCCCCGACCGAGGACAAACUCAAGACCGGGACCCCAACCGAUCAGGGAGCGCUCCGGCUCUCCCCAGGGCUCGCACAGAACGUUUCCACCACACCCCCCACGGGUCCCGCUCCCGACCUUCGCCUUACUCCUCCCCCGUCUCCUCCCCCUCCUCCUGCUCCUCCUCCUGGGCUCCCCCCACCCGGGGCUCGCCGGGCCGCCCCCCCGCCCCGCCCGCCCCCCGCUCCUCUCCGGCCAGCCCUUCAUCAUCUUCUGGGGCGUCCCGGACGCCUCCUGCCCCGGGAGGCCGGAGCUGGCCCCGCUGGGCGUGGAGCCGGAGGGCCGCGUGGCCGUGUUCUACGAGGAGUCGCUGGGCAGCUACCCCUACUUCCUGGACCGCGACACGCCCGUCAACGGGGGGCUGCCGCAGCACACGCGGCUGAACGGCCACCUCCAGAAGGCCGGGGAGGACCUGGCGGCGGCCCUGCCCGCCCCGCGCUACCUGGGGCUGGGGGUGCUGCGCUGGGCCGAGUGGACCCCCCAGUGGGGCCGCAACCGGGAGAAGCAGGUGCUGUAUCUGGAGGCCUCCAGGGCCCUGCUCAAGAGCUUCUUCCCAGACUGGACCCCCGUGGAGGUGGAGAAGUGGGCGCAGGUGGACUUUGAGGCGGCGGGCCAGUCCAUACUCACAGAGACUCUCCGCGAGGUACGGCGGCUGCGCCCUAAAGCAUUAUGGGGGGUUUCUCCGUACCCCACCUGUUACACUCUGGAGCCCAGCCAGACGCUAACACCAGCUAACAGCACAGGAGGAUGCCCCGCCCAAGAGAUGGAGCUCAACAACCAGCUGCAGUGGCUAUGGAAACGAAGCUCCGCCCUCUACCCCUUCCUCUCCCUGGAGAAAUUACAGGGUGGAACGUCUGGUGCCAGGCUUCUCCUGUCCAAUCAGAUCAGAGAGGCGCUGAGAGUGGCCUCCAUGUCCGGGACCACCUACGAUCUCCCCGUGUUCCCAUUGGUCAAGAGCACAUACACCUCCACCAAUACUUUCCUGUCACAGGCUGACCUGCUCUACACCAUAGGAGAGAGUGCUGCGCUCGGGGCCGCUGGAGUAGUCAUCUGGGAGAGGGAGGAUGCUAAAACAGAGAGGGAGUGCGGAGACCUGGCCGAGUUUACUCGUCAGGUGCUGGGGCCUUACUCCGUCAACGUUACCACGGCGACCAGGCUGUGUUCGAGCGCUCUGUGUCAGGGGCGGGGCCGCUGCAUUCGCCAGAACCCAGACAGCUCGGCUUACCUCCACAUGCCCACUACCGCCGAGAAGGUGGGGGAGAGGGCGGACAAGGAGGAGGAGAAGGAGGGGGAGGAUGAGGAGAAGCCGGAUGUAGCCCCAGCCACGGAGGAACCAGACACCACCACAGUCCCGCCGGAUGAACCCGACCCGGCGGUGAUGUGGAAGAAAGACUUCCUGUGUCAGUGGUUUGAGACUUCAGAGGAGGCCAUCUCCGACCAGGAGUCCCCCAAGGACGGGGCCUCCAUUGUGGGCCAGGGAGUACAAAAGACUGGGGAUGUAGAGGGCCCUGUGGGAACCUCGACAGUAAAGGACUCCUCUCUGGGGGAUACAGGGGACAGCGGCACGUCUGGGGCUGGUAGUCCGAAGCCUUCAUCUGAAGUGGCAACGGACCACGGGACAAAACCAGGCUACCAGAUCACAGCCAUCUUACUGGUGCUGGUGGCAGAAGAACUGCUCCUUGUCCAUUAGGAACAUGACGUUAGUAGACGGCUUAAGUUAAUACUUAAGGCGAACAAGAUGGUGACCAUCCAUUCUGCUCAAGUGUCCUUGGAAAAAAGAUUGUAGAUAGAAUCUCACCCGUGCACUUUGACAUCCCUGCGGACCAGGGAAAGUGACAAGACUCAUCUUCCCCAGUUGUUAAUGGGAAGGAGGCAGAGCUUGUAACUCAGAUAGCCUUUCUACCCCCCCAGCUUUCCCCACCACCGGCACAGCGGCAGCAUGUCCCGAAGGCCCUCAAAGCCCCCCUGUUCAAUCAAUAACCAGCCCUCGGAUCUCACCGGAGGAUACCAGGGACAGGUUGUUCCCACACAUUAAUACAGGCCUUCCACAGGGCGGCUGCGCUAGCUAGCUACGAUAUACACGCCAAGCGGCGCUUAAAAAUACCAUUUUCUCCUUGAUGGAUUAAUUAAUAUCAAAUUAAAAGUCCAUUAAAAAAACCAACACUGCAGUGCCUUUUGUAUUUAUUAGUAACCGUGAAUCAUUUGUAACCAUUUCAGGAAGGGAUAUGAGCCUCUUGAAUUAUAAAUUAUAAACAAAACACACCUAUGCAUAAUUCCACACUCAACAAUGUGCAGUGCUAUUGAUGGUGGUGGCUGCACCAAGUGGGAGCAGUCCUCGGGUUAAGAGAAGGGGAUUUCUUACCCUAAACCAAGCUUAAUAAAACCUUAACAUAAACCAACCAACAUUCGCAUGGUCGACUCCGAGCCGAAAGGCCCUGGAUUAAAUCCAUCAGGCACCAUGCUGUAGCAGGCACCCUGGAGCAAGACCCCCACCCCCCCCACGCCCCCUUACUUUCUCCUUAAUGACUUGUAUCUGAAUUCACUUUGGAUAGUCAUCGGCUAAGUGAAUAGAAGACAUGUUGACGGACGCUCGACCGGAUCCUGUGCUUACAUCUUUACACCUUUCAGGGCGGAAUUCUGAGAACUAAGGAGCACAUUGUGGCUCAAAGCCAUAAGUGUGCUUUAGCUAAUGUAUAAAGAGAGCACACACUGUUCUAGGCCAGCACGGCUCUAGUACCCACGCUUCAUUGACACUUCAGUGCUGCUCGGACAUUGGCCUGCGUGUGCAUGCAUUUAGCGUGCUAGCGUCAACAGUGGAGCGAGCUGGUCAGGUGUGUGUGGGGAUAUCAUUCGAAGAAAUUAUUGAGAAAACGGAUUAUACUAAAAUGUAUAAUAACUAACAAUAAACUGAAUACUAUAGACGGCAAAAAAUAAUCUGUGUUGUAGCUUCUUAGGAAAAAGUUUUCAGACUGGAAUGAUGGCAAGGAGAGAAGAUAACUUCAUGUGCAAGAACUCGGCUCACUGGCGCCCUCUGGCGACAGUAUAGGCCAUGACAGGUACAACAGGCUCAGUAAAUAUCAACAUGUACUUUCAAAAUGCAAACACAAUAACUUGAAAUUUUUGUCCGAUGCUUGUGUUUACAGCGUUUCUAGUUGCACAACGUACAAACACACAGACACUUUCAGCGUGUAAAUUUAUUUCUCAUUUUUCAUUAAAAUAUACACUCAAGACAAAGGGAUCUAAAUCAAACAUUUUUUUCUUUAGUUACAGUAAGAUCAUAUGUACACAGCUUGGGCCAACAUAAUAUUAAUAAUCUAUUUAAAUAUAUUACAAAAAAAAAGAAGAUACCAUUUAGUUUCAAAUCUCCACUCUUUGCUAAAACAUGCUGCUUUGGAACGUUAAAAUCCACCAACUCGCCCUGCCUGGAAAAGCGCUGUUGGUUACUAGAGGCGGUUAAGACGGGCCGAUAUUCAUCGACAGGUCGUUUCCAAUAGAGCUGGGAAUUACUCAACGGUAAAGAUUUAAGGAGAGGAAGGGCCGUGGGCGACACAGCAGCGGGGACAUCGUCACGGCCGGUUUUUUCAGAAGCGUUACGCACACACAAGCUGGAUCGCUCUCCUGAAAGCUGACAUUCAGCAGGUAGGGGGGUGGCCUAAGGAGACGGCUUAAUAAGACCUUAGCGGUUCACACAACCACGCACACCCAGCCCCAACAGGCAAGGCCUUCCUCUUGCCCAGUUCACACUGGAGGUGUCCCAUUCCCUUAGUUCUUCACCACUGAUAAGAUGGAGCUGGAGCUGGACGCAGAGUAAGUAGGAGAGGUUCACACUUGUCACGAAGCACUGUGACCCGUCAGCACUUAUAAUGGUCUGACGUUAUACAACGAACUGACAUCCAACGACACGUGGCUUCCCCCCCUGAUUCUUUUUAUAAAGAAAAAGUGCCCUUUUCUGUUCUGUAUGACUUUAUGGUAGAAAAGGUGUAGAUAACAUUUCUGAAUCAUUGC